CUCCCCGGGCUGCUGUUGCGGCAGGUGGCGCGCAUUGGGGGAGGGGGCCGCCAUUUUGUCCGGAUUCUCCCGGCGGCGAGGCCCAUUAGCGGAGUACAGGAGCCGGUGUGAGCGUCGCUGAGGAGGCCCCGUGUAUGAGGAGACCGCCGACAGGCGGCAGCUAGUGACAGGGGGGUCCCAGGCGGAGGCAGCCACACGGACACAGGGCCCAUGGCGAAGAAGACGUAUGAUCUGCUCUUCAAGCUGCUGCUCAUCGGCGACUCGGGGGUGGGCAAGACCUGCGUCCUCUUCCGCUUCUCCGACGAUGCCUUCAACACCACCUUCAUCUCCACCAUCGGAAUUGACUUCAAGAUCAAAACUGUGGAAUUACAAGGAAAGAAGAUCAAGCUACAGAUCUGGGACACGGCCGGACAGGAGAGAUUCCACACGAUCACCACCUCUUACUACAGAGGAGCCAUGGGAAUUAUGUUGGUCUAUGACAUCACCAAUGCCAAAAGCUUCGAGAACAUCAGCAAAUGGCUCAGAAACAUAGACGAGCAUGCCAACGAGGACGUGGAACGGAUGCUGCUUGGAAACAAGUGUGACAUGGAGGACAAGAGAGUGGUGCCCAAAGCAAAGGGAGAGCAGAUUGCUCGAGAGCACGGAAUUAGGUUUUUUGAGACUAGUGCAAAAGCAAACGUAAACAUUGAGAAGGCAUUCCUCACGUUAGCAGAAGACAUACUUCGAAAGACUCCAGUCAAAGAACCAAACAGCGAGAACGUAGAUAUCAGUAGCGGGGGAGGCGUCACGGGCUGGAAGAGCAAAUGUUGUUGAGUCUUUUAUUUGCAACAUUCACCCAUCCACUGCCCCCUACUCACCUUCUCCUUACCCGUUGUCCUCGCAGCAUAAACCACUGCCCCCUCAAACCCCCCCCCCCCCCCCCCUCCUCCUACAUUUUAACUUUCCUGUUGAAUGUCUCCCUUUCCCCCUCUCAUGUUAGCGUCCUCCCAUCUAUACGAGUGCUUGCUGGUGUCAUUUCUCUGAAACCUCUCUAGAAAACGGACGAGGACUCCGCACAGGAACAUGUGAACAAAAUCAUGUUUGUGACCUAUAUCAUUUUACGGCGCCCCCCCUCCCCCUGGUCACUACAUUUUGGUUGUGUUCUCAUCACCCCCCUCCCCUUUUCUGUCAUCACUAACAGAGACACGUACAGAGAAUUCUGCUAAUCUCUUCUGGAAAACAGAUGUUUACCACAAUAAACGUUAGAUUGAACUACCUGCUUUCAUGGUGUAGUGAGACGGGCGUGCCGAGAUCCCGCAGGCACUCGUUGGCCUGGGCGAGGGGGGGUGGGGGUACUCGGCUAUAGAGCUAGCACUCCAGUGCCUUCUGGUUUGCCCCCCCCCCCGAUGUGCAGAUCUUUUCCUCUCUUUGUGUGGUGAUAUUUUGGGUUUCUUUUACGUAAGCGCUACACAGAAUUUACAUAUAGGUGCAAUAGGGGGAUAUAAUAAGAAACCUGCUUGUAGAGGUGGUAGACGCGAGUAUGUUACUCUGACCUGCUGGCUGACACUUGAGAUAUAGAGUGCCUGUAAAUGUCAGUCCUGCCCUAGGCACCGUUCAUGCAAUUCGCUGGGUGUAACGAUCCCCAGUCACGGUGGAUUAGGUCCUGUGCCUUAAGUAAAACAGGGCUUUAACCCUUAAUGGGAUGUCCAGUUACUGCAAGGGGUGCACGGAGCCGGGUAUUACUAGCGUGAUAACUCCCCAGCUUGUCUCUCUGACCCCGGUCACAAAAUCGCCUGUCUGUAAUUAGAAUAUUCCCCAUAGCACUCACCAGGGGGCAGCCUCUGGCUUGCACCUGGUGCAUGAAUUGCUGCGCAGCUUGUACAGGUGGUCUCCCCACGCAUUUCACCUGAGGGUAAAUGGUUCUGAGCUGCCGCCGCUCAUCUGCGGCAAUCACCAGCGGACGAACCAGCUAUUACAUGAAGCCACAUACAUGGCGGCUGGGACUUAGUCGGGCUCUGCGUGAAUGAGGAGAACUAGUUGCUGUGACCAGUGGCCAGACUCUGUAAUGUAAUAGUCAGUGACCUAAUGCUCAGCCAGCCUGACCAGAGCUACAACUUGUGUAGUGUAACCCUUUGUGGGCCACUGUAAUCUUCGUGUCAUCAGUUUGUGCAGUGUCUGCAUUGGCUCGGAGAAUGCCCCCUCCACCACUUACUGUAUUCACAGAGAGGGCGACCGUAUUCAGCCAAUCAGAUUACUAGCCACUAGUGCGCAGGCAGGGGUACGGAUUCCAGUUACCUUGUGCCGUGCUGUGUUACUGACGGCCAUAUACAGACCCGCGGCUCAGGAUGUAUUCCGGAGAUUAGUGCGCUACUAGGGCAAGAGUUCCUCGUGAUGACUGAGGAAGACUGUUACAGAAGACUAGCGUGUUCCCGGUAUGCGUUAUUACAUACUGCGCACUGGAACUUGUCCCUGUGUGUCACACGUCUUCCUAUGGCCAAGUCACCUCACUCAUUGCAUCGCCACCAAGUCUGGGUCCACAUACAGUCACCGCCACAUACAGUCACCGCCCCUCAGCAUCUACACUGGACAACUUGAUCAAGAACGAAUCUGCUUUAUAUGCGCAAACGUCUGCUCCGCUCAAAGCAAAUGGUGUCCAUAUUGGGGCGUGUGGCCCGGCGUCCGCAAGUGCAGACUACCCUGACUCCAUCCAGAACGUUUUAUCCUUUCUCUGGUGGAAUCUUCCUUCAGCCAAUGUUCUUAAGGAAAUUCUGCAGAUUAUUCCAGCAAAUAUAGACUUCGCUUCUUUUCUCCCACAUGUUUCCUCAGAGAUGAAGCUUUUUGCAAAAAAACAUUAUUUAUAUUUUUUUUUCUCUCCAUGGCUGUAUUAUUCCUCGGGAUGGGCCCUGUACUUGUAUUCUGAAUAGUGGAGGUAAAAUACAUUGGCCACUGAAUAAACACCCCCCACCCCACCCUCCCCAUUUGUCUCUCUACACUUGGAUUAAGUGUUACUUGCCCUCAGAUCGCGUUCUACGUCGGAGAACAGGAGCCUGGCCAUAAUAUUACCCGGUCUGCGAUGCGGUUCCCUGUUUCUGCAGGUAGUGUUAGUGUGAUGGCUGUAUCUGGGGGGGGACGGAGUGAGAGUAAGCAUCCUGCGGGAUAAGCACACAGAACGCAGCGUUCUGUGACCUCACCGCAGUUACUUACAGGACAGCAUCAGACGGGUGAAUGGUUUGGGACGCGGUCACCUGCCCGGUGGUUCGGGCGUGCACUCUGUCUGGUGAAGCCAGCUGUGAAGGUGUGUCCCCCUUCAGUAAGGAACGUAAAGCAUCCACUGACUUCUAUGUAUAUAUUUCUUUAUAAGAUGUAUACUCUGCUUCUAGUUUCUAGUAAUGUACAAUAACGUUAUGGAAACCCUGACAGUAUAACACUUUUCAUCUUAAUGAACUUAAAUAUUUUUAUUUUUGGUUUCUCUCAUGUUGUUCAUUAUAAAGGAAUAAUCUACCAAAA